CGUACUUCUCUAACAACCUGAGUAUCAGCUCAACUUACAAGGAAACAGGACAUAGUGUUGUACAGCGGAAACAUCUCAUAACAGCUGUGGGAACGGAAAUGCAUACAAAGUGCCACAUUUAACAAUGGAAAUCGAUGUAAAUCUUCAUAAGCCACCAAACGCUAUAGAGCUCAAGACCAUUUCGGCCGGCAGCUAUAGUCACGGUGGCACCAGUAGCAACCAUGGCAGUAGCAACAACAACAACAGCCACUCCUUUAACAACAAUCAUCGGCAGCUGCAGCAGCAGGAGCAGCAUCGGCAGGCUGGACUGCUACGCAGUGUCUCACCAACAGCAACACCGCCACCACCGGGAACAUCAGGUCCUGCUGUAACUCCUGGUUGUUGUGGUAUUUUUUCAAGUCUAUUAUACUCCUCCGGCAACAAUCGUGGCAAGACGGCUACAUCCAGUGCUGACUUCAACACAAUUCCAUUCAAUGCCACUGAUAGUGUCUAUGGUGGUGGUAUAACAACCCAACAACCAAAUCCGCUCUAUGCGAAUCUAUUGAAAAAGGGCCAACAGCAUCGUCGCACUCCACAAGAAAUCUAUUUUGAGAGUCGUGGCAAAUCCUGUAAGAAGCUAUUGAAAUUCAAUGGUAACUCCAAUAAGAUAUUACUUUAUCCCGAAGAAGGAUGGGCCCGUACCGCCUCCUCUUCAUAUUGGACUAUAACCCCUUGCUGGUGGCAACCAAAUCGUUGUCGCAUCGAAGAAUUUGCUGGCACUCAGCGUCGAGUCACCAAAGCUAAAAUGGUAUCACUCGAACAAAAAGGUUCUUUGUUGAUAGUUGGCCAUUUCCGGAGCAAAGACUCGUCCUCAUCGUCGGCAGCAUCGAAUUCGGGUGCUUUGUCAACAUACUCGACCACAUCAUCAACGUCAUCGUCAGGGAGGUCACCUUCCACCGCUGCAGCCGCUGCUUCGGCACACUCAAAGGAUAACGACGAAUUCAAAUUGUAUUUAAGUUCAAACAUCUCCAUGGAGGACUACAACAUGGGUUAUUGCCUGACAGGUUUCGUUGAACGAAGAUGUCAGCAGACAAACACAUUUCAAAUGACACAUUUUGCCGUUAUUAAACGUCAAUGGCCGUCCUUAAUACACACCCAAACGCAACCGAGUAAAGCCAGCCGUGUGUUCUGUACAAGUGGCAGCAGCAGCAGCGGUGGUGGCUGUGGCGGCAGUGGCGGUGGUGGUAGCAAACGUCGUGAUACAUCAGCAAAGCCAACGUAAUUAUAGUAUUUAAAUAGGAUUUUUCUAUUUUGCAUAUUUAUUGCUUUUACAGCAACAACAACAAAAACAACUAAACAAUGAUGAUGUAAAUUUAACUAAAACGCAUA